UAGAUUAUAUUGAAUAUAUUCUUAAUAAUCCAACAAUUGCACCUAAUUUAUACUUUGUAUGUGAUGAAAAAUAUGAGUUCUGGUAUAGUACACUCUGGCAGGACUCGUCUUUAUUUGGAGAAACUAAACUUUGUGUAAAUAAUGUUACUUAUCAAGCAGGCAAUUUUUUACGUUAUCACCAAGACAAAGCAAUUAAGUUUGCAUGUAUUCAUAGUAUUGUUGAAGUUAAUAAGAGGCAAUUACUCAGAGCUGAUCUGCUUGUUCUAUAUAGUGAGCUUUCUAGACACUUGUGUAGUAUGAAUAAAAAAGCAUAUAGAAUGAAUAUAGAAGAACUUUGGCUUGUUGAAGAACAAGAGUAUUUGAUUAUAUCUGAAAAUAUUACUCAAAUUAAUGUUUGGUUAAAGGAUCUUGAAAGGCCAGUAGAAUAUGAAUAUUUUGUUUUUCUUAAUAUCUACUUCGAUAAUUUUGGAAAAUUUUGUAAUUCAUAUCAUUCAUUAGGAGGAGUUUAUUUAGUUAUUGGAAAUAUGCCACUUGAUUUACGAAAGCUACUCAAAAAUCAUUUUCUACUUGGCUUUGUUCUAUUUGGGGUUUCAUUUAUAGAUUUUAUUAAACCAAUUCUUGAUAAUAUUCACCAAUUACAAUCUAGAAAAAUUAUAAAUACUUUGGAAGGAGAAAUAUGGCUUAUUGGUAGACUUGGCUGUAUUACAGCUAAUUUGUCUCAAGGUAAUAACCUUGCUGACAGACAUUUACAAUCAUCGCAAGAUGCUUAUUAUACACUUGCUGGUAAAGCUACACAUCUUCUAGAUAUAACUCUUAAAUAUUUAAAUACUAAUAGAAAUUUUACAUUUUCAGAUACUUUACGCCUGGCAAUAUUAAUACCAUUUAUUCUACGUUACUUUUUAUCACCUUUACAUUUAAAGGCUGAAAUAAUUGAACAUUUAAAAAAUGUAUAUAAGCUUACUUGUAAUGAUUAUACUAUUAUUAAACUAAUAGAACUUUGGGUAGUAGAAGCAAAACUACUUAAGUUGGCUUUCUCAACAACAAUGACAAAUGAUACUUAUAAGAAGCUUCGUGGUUUGUUUAAAAAAGAACAAAUUGGUUUUUUGAAGAUUUUUCCAGACAUAUUUGAAAACUUACCUAAUGUUCAUAUAAAUAUCUAUUUGCCACAACAUGCUUGUACAUUUGCAACUCUUGUAAACACAUCUGUUGGAGUCAAAGAAAUA